AUGCUAAAGAGGUUUAGGCAAAUCAAAAAUGGUUUGCAACAGAUGGUCAUCAGUCCAAAGUGGGAUGAUUACAAAGAAGAUGAUGUUAGGAAGGCAGCUUCUGUGAAAGAGAAAUUAUUAGAUGAGUUGCUGAGAGCAGACACUGAUAGGCCUUCUCUUCAUUUGGUGUAUGAAUGGUGGGAUAGUAUGAUUGAGCAAGUGAAGAAAGCUAUCUAUAGGAAAGAAAGGAAGCAACCUCAUCAAGAGUCUCCAUUUUGGGAUGCGGUGUAUAAGGUUCUAAUGGCUCGUUGGUCCAAGUGCAAUACUUCUCUCAAUUGCUUGGCACAUUCAUUGAAUCCGAAGUAUUAUAGUUCGGAAUGGCUUAGUGAAGAUACUAAUCGGGUUGCUCCUCACAAAGAUUUAGAGAUUACAAGGGAGAGGAAAAAUUGUAUCCUUAGAUACUUUGGCAAUGAAGAUGAUCGGAUGAAAGUUAACAUAGAAUUUGCCAAUUUUUCUAUGUGCAUGCAAGAGUUUGGAAGUGGAGAUGCUAUGAAGGAUAGGUUUAUUAUGCAGCCUAUAACAUGGUGGGCUGUCCAUGGAGCUUCGGCACCAUCUCUCCAAGCCAUAGCCUUCAAGAUUCUAGGUCAACCUUGUUCUUCUUCAUGUUGUGAAAGAAAUUGGAGUACUUACAAUUUCAUUCAUUCUGUGAGGAGGAAUAAGAUAACACCACAAAGAGCGGAAGAUUUGGUAUUUGUGCAUACCAAUCUUCGCCUUUUAGCUAGAAGAAGCCCAAGUUACAAUGAGAGUGCAACUCAAAUGUGGGAUGUUGGAGGUGAUGAUUUUGAUUCUUUGGAAGAGACUAAUGUUGGAAGGCUUGAGAUUGCUAACCUUUCACUUGAUGAACCACAAUUAGAGGGGGUUUUGUUUAAUGUUGAUCAUGAAGAUGAAGACCUUGAGGAUGUUGUCCAAGUUGAAUGA